CAGCUGCACCAUGUUGAGCUCCACACUGAAAGAAGCAGGACACAUUUUAGAUGCCAAAAUGCAGACGGUAAGGGUAAAAGGUGGAGCAUGACUGGCAAUGUUGCAGCAUCACAUUCCACGGGUGUAAGUGAAAGUAACUCACAGUGACACCAGAAGAGUCACAGCAGCAUAAAAAUCUCUGUGUCUACUACCAAAUAUUAAACUAUCCAGGCUUUCUGAAGUUCAGCACAUACUGAUAUAAUAUGGCAGCUGCCAGCAGUCUACUAUCUGAAGAGCAGUUUCUGUGUUCUAUCUGUCUGGAUGUGUUCACUCGUCCUGUCACCAUACCAUGUGGACACAACUUCUGCAUGAACUGCAUCACACAAGCAUGGGAAAUUAGUGAAAAACACCAGUGUCCCAUAUGUAAAGAACUCCUUUACCGUAAACCUGAACUGCGAGUUAACACUGUCUUAUCUGAGAUGGCUGAUAAGUUCAAAAAGUCAGUUCAAAAGAAAACCAGCAGUUUUGAGCAACAACUAGCCAAAGCAGGAGAAGUUCUCUGUGACAUCUGCACUGAAACCAAACUGAAGGCUGUGAAGUCCUGCCUGGUGUGUCUGACCUCCUACUGUGAGACUCACCUGGAGCCUCAUCAGAGAAUCCCAGGCCUGAAAAGACAUAAACUGAUUGAUCCUGUGGAGAACCUGGAAGACAGAAUGUGUAAGAAGCAUGAUCGACCUCUGGAGCUGUUCUGCAAAACAGAUCAGAUGUGUGUGUGUCAGUUGUGCCUUAGGACAGAUCACAAGAAACAUAACUUUGCUCCCCUGAAAAAAGAAUAUGAACAAAAGAAAGCUACACUGGAGAAGAAUGCAACUGAAAUUAAGCAGACGAUCCAAGAGAGACGACUGAAGAUUCAGCAGAUCAAACAGUCAGUGAAGAUCAGCAAGGAAGAUGCAGACAGAGAGACAGCAGCCAGUGUGCAGGUCUUCACUGCUCUGAUCCAGUCUGUUGAGAGAGGUAUGGCUCAGCUCAUUGACAUGAUUGAAGAGAAGCAGAAAACAACAGAGAAACAGGCUGAAGGUUUCAUCAAAGAGCUGGAAGAGGAAAUCUCUGAGCUGAUGAGGAGAAGCGCUGAAGUGGAGCAACUCUCACGCACUGAAGACCACCUCCAGUUCCUCCAAAGCUUCCCAUCCCUGAAUCCUGCUCCACCCACCAAAGACUGGACAGAGGUCAGAGUUCAGUCAUCAUAUGAAGGGACUGUGAGGAGAGCUGUGGCUCAGCUGGAGGAGACACUCAGUAAAGAGAUGGAGAAACUGUGUGCUGAUGUUGAAUUGAAGAGAGUCCAGCAGUUUGCAGUUGAUGUGACUCUUGAUCCUGAAACAGCACAUGCAGCUCUCAUCCUGUCUGAUGAUGGGAAACAAGUCACAUGUGGUGAUGUGAAGAAGAAUCUCCCAGACAAUCCAGAAAGAUUUUCUUCUAGUCCCUGUGUUUUAGCAAAGCAAAGUUUCUCUUCAGGGAGAUUUUACUAUGAGGUUCAGGUUAAAGGGAAGCCUAAAUGGGAUUUAGGAGUGGCCAGAGAAUCGAUCAAUAGGAAGGGACAUAUUGCAGUGAACCCAGCCACAGGCCUUUGGGUUAUAUGGCUGAAGAAAGGAAAUGAAUACAGAGCUCUUGAUGAGCCUGGUGUGUCUCUCUCUCUGAAGUCUCAGCCUCAGAAGGUGGGAGUGUUUGUGGAUUAUGAGGAGGGUCUGGUGUCCUUUUAUGAUGUAGAUGCUGCAACUCUUAUCUACUCCUUCACUGGCUGCAACUUCACUGAGAAACUUUAUCCAUUCUUUGGUCCCUGUCUUAAUGAUGGUGGUAAAAAUUCCGCCCCUCUGAUCAUCUCUCCUGUCAGUCACGCUGAUUAGACUUGCAUUUGAUUUGCCAUUUAAAAUGGCAAAUUAAGAUAAUGGUAAUACAGAAUGAAUAAUUUCCUGGGGGCGGGGGGGUUGUUUUUUUUUUUUGUGAUUACUCAACUCUAAUGUUACUGCAUAUCCCAUUACAUGUCUUUAAUGUAUCCUAUUAGCCUACUGCCGAAAUAUCAAUUUCCAUGUACUAAUUACAUUAUUAGUUACAUACAUUAAUAUAAUCAAAUGUAGUCUGCAAUAGUGUAUCAGUACU